CCGCCCCGCCCCGCCCCGCCUACCCGGGGUAGCCGCGAGCGGGUGGGGCCUGCGCCUGACAGAGAGGCGGGGGCGGGCGGCAGGCCGGCCCGCGGCUAGUUGGUGUGAGAGCGGCGGGCGGCGCGGGGGCUGCCGGGCUGGAGCAGCGGCAGGCGGCGGCACCACCACCACCACCACCGCCCCGAGCACCGACACCCCGGCCAGCACCGCUGGACCGCGCGCCCACAGGCCGCCGAGCGACCCUUCCUCACCUCGCUCCCGCUCCGCUGCCGGCUGCCGCUCGGGCCGCCGCGCCCCGGGGAUGGCGGUGCUGGCCCUGGCCCUGGAGGGACUCGCCAUAUUCGGGCUCAUCCUCUUCGUCGUGCUCUGGCUCAUGCACUUCAUGUCUAUUAUCUACACACGCCUUCAUCUCAAUAAGAAAGCCACAGACAAACAGCCAUAUAGCAAGCUUCCUGGUGUUUCACUUCUAAAGCCAUUAAAAGGUGUGGAUCCUAACCUGAUCAACAAUUUAGAAACCUUCUUUGAACUGGAUUAUCCAAAAUAUGAAGUACUACUCUGUGUACAAGAUCAUGAUGAUCCAGCUAUUGAUGUGUGCAAAAAGCUCCUUGGCAAAUACCCAAAUGUUGAUGCUAGACUGUUCAUAGGUGGCAAAAAGGUUGGCAUCAAUCCCAAGAUUAACAACUUAAUGCCUGGCUAUGAAGUUGCCAAAUAUGAUCUCGUAUGGAUUUGUGAUAGUGGAAUCAGAGUAACGCCAGACACGCUGACAGAUAUGGCCAAUCAAAUGACUGAAAAAGUAGGCUUGGUCCAUGGGCUUCCCUAUGUUGCAGACAGACAGGGUUUUGCUGCUACCCUUGAACAGGUUUAUUUUGGAACUUCACAUCCAAGAUCAUAUAUUUCAGCCAACUUAACUGGCUUUAAGUGUGUAACAGGAAUGUCAUGCUUGAUGAGGAAGGAUGUCUUGGACCAAGCUGGAGGACUCAUAGCUUUUGCACAAUAUAUUGCUGAAGAUUACUUUAUGGCCAAAGCUAUAGCUGACAGGGGCUGGAAAUUUGCAAUGGCCACACAAGUUGCAAUGCAAAACUCUGGUUCAUAUUCUAUUUCUCAGUUUCAGUCCAGAAUGAUCAGGUGGGCCAAACUGCGCAUUAAUAUGUUGCCUGCCACAAUAAUCUGUGAGCCAAUCUCAGAGUGCUUUGUUGCCAGUCUAGUUAUUGGAUGGGCAGCUCAUCAUGUGUUUAGAUGGGAUAUAAUGGUGUUUUUCAUGUGUCACUGCUUGGCAUGGUUUAUAGUUGACUACAUUCAACUAAAAGGUGUUCAGGGUGGUGCACUGUGUUUCUCAAAACUUGAUUAUGCAGUAGCUUGGUUCAUCAGAGAAUCCAUGACAAUUUAUAUUUUCCUAUCUGCUUUGUGGGACCCCACUAUUAGCUGGAGGACAGGACGCUACAGAUUACGUUGUGGAGGCACUGCAGAGGAAAUCCUUGAUGUAUAGCCACAGCUUUCUAACUGUGAAUGUCAAAAAGAGAAGGGGGAAGAAAAGUAUUAUAAAUUGUUUAUAUAAAUACUUUGAAGAAAAUCUACCUUCAGUAGUUUUGUUACUUGUAUGUUUUGGUAUCUGUUCUUUAAUUUAUUUUUGCAUGGCACUUGCAUCUGUGAAAAUACAUCUGUAGUCUUUGCCAAACGGUACCUUGCUCCUAUGUACAAGUAGAAAUGGAGAGAAUUGGUCCUGACAUCUGUUUCCUGUAGGAAUGCUCUGCAGUAAACUCUUUUUUUAAAAAAAAAUAAAGUAUCCUCCUGGAUAUGAACAGCUUCUUACUCCAUGGUGUGCUAGCCUAGCAAAUCCAGGGUUCACAUAGCUAUUUUCCAUCUGGGUUGUACAAAGCUAUACCUAGUAAAAUCACAGAAGUACGGCCGAUUUCUUUUUUAUCCCACUAAAUUGAGCUAGUAACAGGACCUCGGGAAAGAAGCUCUUAAAUGCUUUAUGCCUACCUCUUGUAGUUGCUGCAGAACAAAAUGAAUGGCAAGGUAAAAAUGCUUUGCAAAAACAAACUAAAGCUGGAGUCUUGUGUUUAUAUGUAUACAUAAAAUACUUUAGUCGUUGCAAUGAACCAAAAGUGGACUGAGUUUGGUAAAAUAAGGAAUGGAAGGAAUUACUGGUCAGGCAUGUAUUGUGGGCAUCUUUUGGCCAACUCUGAUCUGGUUCUGUCUUGAACCUUGUUUAAGCACUGUGCUGUAAUUAGCCAAGCUGGUCCCCUUCAAUAUUUCCAUCCUUUUUUAAGGGGUGUUUGUUUUUCUCUGUGAAUGAAUGCUUUGAUGGGGGGGUGCAUGUGUGUGUGAGGCAUAGUAUGGGGUAGAAGGGAACAGAAAUACAUUUCACAAACAUUUCACACAUGAACUAUUUUCUUACACAGUGUCUUAAGAAUGUAAUUUCAUGAUGCACUUAUUUAACAUCUUUUUAAAGUGAACAUGCAUACAUAUACUAGUCAUAAUUAAGUAUUCAAUUGAAGUAGAUAUUGCAAAUAUGUUAAAAAGACCGGGUGAGUUUGCUUUUACUGAUUAAAACGGUAAUCUAAUUUAAAUAUCAAACUAAGUCUACUCUUGGCUUUUUGCCUUCUACUGUUUGUCUAGCCUUUAAAUUGGACUUUUGUAUUCCAGUGGUAUGACUAAAAGGACUAGAUUGUAAUGCAUGCUGUGUUUUUUCCCCUCUCUGCUCUCUGUAACUUGGUUUCCAACCUCAUUGUAAGACUUCCGAAUUUGUGGUGAACUGGACUUGUUUUCCUUGAAGACUGUUUAAAAAAUCAAAAUAAAACAAAACAAAACCCACAGCAAAGCUAGAGAGGGAUGUUGCAUAAGCCUUUUGUUUUCAUAAUUGUAUUUAUGCUGCUUUACUCUUCUUCAUGUGAAAGCAUAUUGUCACCAUAAAUGUGAGCUGCUAAUUACAAGGCUAAUGCCAACAAAGCAGCUUUAAAAGUUGGAUGAUAAUGUGUAGCAUAUUAGCAAUAAUGACAUGUAUUUAUAAAAAUGGAUAUUUUUACCUUACUGAGCCAAUCUCUUAUCUGUCGUAUGCUACACGACUGUAACGUGUGUAUAUGUGUCAUAAAACAUACUCUGGGCAAAAAUGCUUCAUCCACCAUAAUAUCUCUUUUGCCUUAUGAUGCCAUGGAACUCUUUUAAUAGGCACUUCUGUAUGAACAAAGGCUUUUGAUGCAUGCUUCAUUCUUUUCAUAUGAAUCAGGAAGAAGCACUUUUCCUGAGGAAAUUUGCAUACUGAAACUAGUCUAGUUGUGACCCACAAAACCCAAAAUAUUUUGGUUUUAUAUUGUUUUUUCCAUAAUCAAAUUUUGCUGGCAAUGUUUGGGGUUUUUUGGGGUUUUUUUUUCUGUUUUUUGGUUUGUUGGUUUGUUUUUUGUUUUGGUUUUUUUUUUUUUUCAUUUGUUUCAUGAAGUUUUAUGCCAUUCAUUGCACUGCUAAAGUGAAGCUUAGCUUGCAACUUAGCUUUAUGCUGAUUUCUAUGCAGGCAAUGAACAGAACCAAAAAAAAAAGGCUGAACAGACUUCAUUUUAAAAACAUUUGGUGGGGAUAACUGUUUAACAGGUGCUUUUGUAUUAGUAGAGCCAUCUUUGGUCAUGAAAACUAAAGCUUCACUUAAGCAAAUAGUUUUGUUUUGGUAUUGUUCAGUUGAUUAUGAAUGGAAAUGAACACUGUCUAAUGUUGUAGAAGAUGCUGCAACAGAACUUCUAGAAGUUAAAAAUGGCUAAUGUAAAGUUGUGUGGAUCUAGAGAUAUGCAGAAUAUACUACGUUUAUUUAAAA